AGUGACCCGAAUGGCAUUGUUGUCUCGCAGCUUUCUCUUGUAGAUCUAGCUGGGAGCGAAAGAACAAAAAGGACUAACAAUGUUGGCGAUCGCCUAGCUGAAGCUGCAUCUAUCAACAAGAGUUUGAUGGUGCUGCGCCAGUGCAUUGACAAGCUAAGACGUAAUCAACGUUCUGGUACUUCCGAGUCAGUUCCAUAUCGAGACGCAAAGCUCACUAUGCUAUUCAAGAACUUUUUUGAAGGUUCCGGAAAGAUCCGCAUGAUAAUUUGCGCAAAUCCAAAGCCAUCAGAUUUUGAAGAGAAUUUGAAUGUACUAGCUUUUGCCGAAGAGUCUCAAACUGUAUGUAUCACCCGGGCCGAGGAUCGGCUAGAAACAGAUAGUGGAUCAAGACCCCCAGUUCCCCGUCGAUUCUACUCUCGAUGGAAUUAUGAGAUUGAUCAAGCUAUGGCAUCAUCAUUAUCACUAAAGCCGAACUCUUUACUAUCCUUCGACUUUACCAUAAAAGAUGCUGAUGAUGCUGCUUCUAUUGCAAAGUUGAAAGAGCGAUGUCUUGCCCUAGCUAACAUAUCUAACCGAGAUAAUCAUAAUCUGGAAUCUCAAGUUCGUGAUGUCGAAAUCCCUUUGAGAAAUGCUCUGUGUAUCGCUGAUUACGCCAAGAUAGAAGUGGAGGAACUUCGGGCUCGUAGUGAACAGGAUGCUGAACAGAUAGCCGCAUACUGUGCUGAAAAUAAGAAGUUGAAGAGAGAACUUAUGUCUCUUCGUGAACGGUUAUCUCGAUACGAGGCUCAGGAUGAAGAACUCCUUUCGGCGGAAGAGCAUUUGCGACGAAGUAUGAAAGAAGAACGAUCAAGGGCGAGAAAACAAGAUCAGAAGUUGAAAGUGCGGAAGGUAGUAGCAACUCCAAGCACAUCAAGGGAAUCUCGACGAGCACAGCAGGAACCUCGAACCCCUGGUGGUCCAGGAUAUUUCAAUCCUAAGUAUCAUAGAAGAUCCAAAUCUGCUCCAAGAGUUCUUGAUCAUCAGCCCGCCCAUAGAAUCCCAACUGGUGGUAUUUUGCGAGUCAAAAUGCCUCAAAACACAAAACACGUUACUAGGCCGGAAGCACAUCAGUUGCAGAAAUCCAGCGAUUAUGUUCUAACACAUCAAGAAGUCGAUGAGGAGGGCAACAUCAACACUAGCCUCAUUAAGGGUGAAUGUAUACCAACUGCGGGUGGAGGAACCGCCGUAUUAUUCAACGAUGUUGAGCAAGUGUCUCACAAGAGUCCCGGACGACAACUUCGUUCAGCCAAUCGUACUUGA